ACAUGUUUUAUCUGCCAAAAUCCGAGAUGACCUAUAUAGUGUCUACCAAACAGAAGAGCAGCAGCAGGAGGAGGAGCAGGUUUGAGCUCAGACAUGAUGAAGUCAAUAAAUAAGGACCGCAGAGGCGAGUCGAGAAGAGGAUGCUCCCUCCGCCUGUCACCUGUGAGCGUCCCGGACAUGUCGGUGCGUGUUUUGCAGCGCGGGUCCUGUAGAGAGCAGUAGAUAGUUUGAAUAAGUGCGGCUCCUCUUACUGUAAGGCACACAGUGCAGCGGAGGGAGGAGCGACAGCGUGCUGUUUCUUUUUUGGUUCUUUCCACUCCACACGAACACACACGCGCACGGUCGUUGCCGUUCAUCCAAACGUAACUGUAGGACAACAAAACAGGAAUCAAACUAGGAAGCGUCGUUGGAAAGCGGACAGGAGAGUCUGUUUUUCAAACGGUACGAGGCUCAGCAGUAGUGGCCAGGCGGAGGACUGGCGCUCCGGAGAGCGGAGGUGUGUGUGUGUGGGGGAAGAGCCAUCCAGCCCUGCCGCUACACACUUUCUACAGCAACCAGGAGGAACCCGGCUGACUUUUUCUCCCGCUUCGUUUCCGCCUCAUGACCCAAUUCCCAGGACAGCGUGGGGUCCACGGCGCGCGGGGAAACUGUGGGACGAAUUUGCAGAGACGUUGACUGGAAUGAAGGCUGGGAUCGAAAAUAGAGGAGCAUCUCUGAAGUGAAGGCAGUUGGCAACCAAGGAGUUGCUACAAGCCUGAGUCACGUUGACAUUCCUCAUCUGGCAACUUUGGAUGAAUCCAUCCCUUCUUCCUUCAGAUUCUGACUUUUGUGAGCAUUUCAAGGUGUGACUGAGACAGAAACGAGGUGGACGACACAUCGGAGGGGCGUGGGAAUCACUAACCGCACACACGUACAUUAUGAUUGGGUGUCUCCCAUUCCUCCUUCCGUCUGCCUAAGAGCGACGUCCACCCCCAGCCCUGGCUGCAGGGCCAACACAUUUACCCCCGCGGAUACCCCAACCUCGCGGAUACCCCAACCUCUUCUUUGUCCUGAAGCUUCACACCCAGCAACAACCUCACAGGGGGUCAACACCCCCCACACCUCCCACCCUCCGCCCUCCACUGCUCCCCUCCCAGGUACUCCAGGGACGAGACGACUCUGUGCUUUACAGACAGACCCCUCCGGACCGUCGAAUGACGAGCGUGCUUCGGAGGGCGGGGCUUGCCUCAGUCUCUCGUGAUUGGCUGCUGGAUGGAAUUGAGGUGAAUGGAACACAUGCCCAAGGAGCAGGACUCUAACCCAUCAGAGGGAGAAGAGAAACAGUGGCUCAAUGGCCCUAAGAGGAAGAGGAAGAACAGCCAAUGUUCGGUGAAGAGUAUGACUGGGUACAUCCCCAGCUACCUCGAAAAGGAUGAGCCAUGUGUGGUGUGUGGCGACAAGGCCACAGGGUACCACUACCGCUGCAUUACCUGCGAGGGCUGCAAGGGUUUCUUUCGUAGGACCAUUCAAAAGAACCUCCAUCCCACCUACUCCUGCAAAUACGAUGGCUGCUGCAUCAUCGACAAGAUCACCCGCAACCAGUGCCAGCUGUGUCGCUUUAAGAAGUGCAUCUCAGUGGGAAUGGCCAUGGACUUGGUCCUGGAUGACUCAAAGCGGGUGGCGAAACGGCGCCUUAUUGAGGAGAACAGGGAGAAACGCAAAAAAGAGGAGAUGGUGAAGUCCCUGCAGACCCGUCCAGAGCCCACUGUGGCCGAGUGGGACCUGAUCCGGCUGGUGACGGAGGCCCAUCGGCAUACCAACGCUCAGGGUGCACAGUGGAAACAGAACCGCAAAUUCCUGCCAGAGAAGAUUGGCCAAUCUCCGGUUGCCCCGACGUCCGACGGAGACAAGGUGGACCUGGAAGCCUUCAGCGAAUUCACCAAGAUCAUCACCCCUGCCAUCACCCGAGUAGUUGACUUUGCCAAAAAACUGCCCAUGUUCUCUGAGCUGCCUUGUGAAGACCAGAUCAUCUUGUUGAAGGGCUGCUGCAUGGAGAUCAUGUCUUUGCGUGCAGCCAUCCGUUAUGACCCAGAAAGCGAGACACUGACGCUGAGCGGGGAGAUAGCGGUGAAGCGCGAGCAGCUGAAGAACGGAGGGCUGGGUGUGGUGUCUGAUGCCAUCUUUGAUUUGGGCAAAAGCCUGGCGCAGUUCAACCUGGACGACACGGAAGUGGCGCUUCUGCAGGCCGUGCUUCUCAUGAGCUCAGAUCGCUCAGGCCUGACGUCUGUGGACAAGAUAGAGAAGUGCCAGGAGACGUACCUGCUGGCAUUCGAGCACUACAUCAACUACCGCAAGCACAACAUUCCCCACUUCUGGCCCAAACUCCUGAUGAAGGUGACGGAUCUGCGGAUGAUCGGCGCGUGCCACGCCAGCCGUUUCCUUCACAUGAAGGUGGAGUGUCCCAACGAACUGUUUCCGCCGCUUUUCCUCGAGGUCUUCGAGGAACAGGAAGUGUGACACGUGCAGAUGCCAGCGUGUGCAAUGGGAAACAGGAAACAGGAGACAGGCUUAGCCACAGAGACGCAUGGAGAGUCUCAUCGGCAGGAAUUUGCGUUUCUCCGACAUCAAAUUCACAGUUUGUGGUUACAAAGGAACUGGAUAUAACCGGAAAGAAAACACACACCAGCAACGGGAGAAUGGAACAAGAACCUCCUCCCUCUCUUUCGUACACCAUCUCCUGUUUAAACAUCCAUGUGGGGGCCCUUCUGUCUGAGCAAGCUGUUUUAUCCAGAAAGAGUUGUUGCCAUUUGCCAAGACACAUCCACAAACACAUAAAAACACUCACACACAGAGCCACAGCUUGUUUCACCUCAGUUCUUCAGGGCAGCAUUGUUUGUGGGGGUCAGGUUCCCCUCCUUGUUUCCUUUUUUUUAUGCUUCUCGCAGUGCUCACGUUUUGAAGCAGCAUCAGAGCUGGUUAGGAUCUUUCAGUAUUAUUUCUGAAUAAGUGUUAAAACAGUAGUUCAGAAAACAGCGUCAUUUCUCACAGUCAUGUGAGCAAUCAGCAAACACUGCAAGCUAAAAUUUUCUUUUUUCUUUUUAUUUUACAUUUCUUUGGUGUGCAAUGGCGCCGAUGGAAGCAAAUGCAACCGGACUCGGCUGCCAGGUAAUCAACUCAAUCUGAGCCUUUACUGCUGUCUUGUUGUUUUGUUUUGGAGCUGCUGCUCCUCUAAGAUCCCACUGAAACAGGUGCUAUAUUUAUAUAAAAAAGGCUAGUCCAGUUCGAUGAAAAUGUUCUGUUAGCCUUUAAAAAGGGGGCGGACCGUAUCUACUUUUUUUUUUUUUUUUUUUUUUUUUUUGUCAUUGGACCGGCUCCUGUGACUUAUGCACACACAAACAGACAUACAGACAUACCAUACAGACAUCCAGACUUACAUACAUACAUACAUACAUACAUGCAUAUGUGCAGGCAGUCACUGCUUGUGCAGCUGUCAUACCGUCGUAUGAAUGACAAUGAAGCGCUUCUCUCCAAGGAGUUUCAACUCUGAAAGAAGGAAAGAAAAAACAAGAUGGGAGGAGGGAGAGAUUCCUUUUGAGAAGCAGAAAAAGGAGGAACGGAGGCAGGGAGAGGAAAUGCGUUGUAAUACCCGGACUGGGGUCAGAAGUAAAUCUUCUACACCCCGUCUGCCUCUGUCUUCAUUUGACACACACAUUUAUAUGAAAACACACAACUUCACCUCAGAGUAACAUAAAUGCCUCAUUUUACUGUACACACUGCACGACAGUGUUGAUUUAAAGCCCUAAUCCCUAGGGUUUCUACAGAGUCCUCUCCUCACGGACUCAGCUCAGUGUGGCCCCUCCAGGCUUCCAUACACACUUGCCUUUUUUAGAAAAAAAAAGAAAAAAAAAAGAAGAAAUAAAUCUGUGGGAGUCACUGAGAGUAGGCAAAAAGGCCAAGAAGGCUACCAUUUACCUCAAAUGCGGACACACCCCGAGGAUGGGGCGGCCAUACCGCCCCACGGUGUCAGGCACUACCUCACCUCUGUGGACACUGGGCAGCUGCCCACAGCCAGACAUACACCGUUCAACUGGUUUCAUAUGUGGACUAACACAAAAGUUCAGACUUUUUAUUUUGUUGUUGUUUUGCAUAGCGGCACAAAAACACUCAAAGAACACACACAGACACACAUUUAACUCUCUCACUUGGUUCUAAUGAAAAACUGUACUAAAAGACAGGAGGGCCGACCACCCUCCCCCACCCUGCAGGGGGGGAGUGGUACCCAUCACAUUCGGAUCAUCUCGUGUUCUGUUAUUUGGGACCAAGCGUCAUCCUUUCACCCCCUUCUGUAAAAACAGAAACUGACUCACAGGAGCAAACAGUGAAUGGUGGGCACCCCCAGCUUAGGCCACCUCAGAAAGCAAGCAAGAGGAGCAGAUGAGCCACGGCAAACAAGCGCCCAUGAUGGGCUCCCCCACUGAAUUAGCACGCAGAGACUGGGCGUCUGCAAACGAGUGACUUUCCACAGCUCGCCCAUGAUUUCUGCCACUGGAUAUGGAACAAAACAGGAUAUCUGUGAUUGAUGGUCACCACAUUAGAUUUACAAUCAUGGGGAAAAGAAAGUUUCUAACAAGGUCACUGUCAUUUUAAUUUAAAAAUUUGUACCAGCCACUCAGACAUUUGAGAGGCUUUAAAUAGUUCAUAAUCCUAAGCUCCCUUUUCUGCUAUAUUGACACACAAAAAACAAAAUGUUUUUUUAUGAAGAUAGUUUCAGGUCAGUUUCUCUUAUUUUUACUAUUUUGUGCCUAUGCAUAGUUGUAUUUCCCCUUUCUACUUAAAUUUGUUGCUUUUAAACUAAACAUUUUAUAACCGUGAACUUAAUCACUUUGUUUCUACUGGUAAUUAAAGUAUAAAUGUGAAAUAUAGAGAAGAUGAUAUUUAAAAUCUGUAAAUCUAAAAAUGCUAAAACUCUUAACGUUUAAUUUAAGUGUAUGUUGCAAGGUUGAAUUUUAUUACAUGUAAUAUUUUGACAUUUGUCCAGUGACCAGUGUUGAUUUCCACCUUUGAUCAGUAAAGUGGUAGAAAAAAAAACUACAUUGAAUGAUCAACUGUAGGAUUUCUUAGUUUUUCUAAUCACUGUAGAUUAGCCUCCACUUUUCAUUACAGCAAAAUAUUCUCUGUUGAGUUUGGUGUCUCUGUCCCGUUGAGUCCAAAUUUAAGCCAUGCUUCAGCUUUCGGACAGAAUAAUCCUUAUUUCACUCUACAAUACAUGGUAACAAAGGUGGAAUUUCUUUUUGUCAUGAUUGUACUCAAACGUCUUAUGUAUCCUAGUUCUUGUCACUAUACUAGUAAUGUGUAAAAUAUCCAUGGCAGACAUCAUACAUGAGUCAUGACAAUAGUCAUUCUUUAAUGACUAUUAAAGAAUACAGCAUCUGUUAUAAAAGUCCACUCUGUUCCUUCGAUUUUGGGUCCAUGCCAAAUCUGGGCUCCCCUCCUAUAAAAGAAUCAGUUCUAUUUCAAUGUCAAGCAGCAGUCCUGAACAUAAAGGAUAACUCACACCUCUACCAGAUGGAUAAGCAUCCGCAAUGGAAAGUUAAAGAGGACCUGGAAUGUUGCUCCUUAAGCACAUCAACAGCUUCUGGGAAUCAUCACUUCUCCUGCUCUGCCAUCCUCAUGGCCUUCCUUGGAGCUGAGCUCAAGCGGCCAUUACAUCCCCAUUCAGCCGGGCUAGUGGGAGUUUUUGCACUACUGGAGCGGUCCUCACUUUCACCCUUUCCUUUUCAAAGUUUUAUCUGUACACAUUUGUUGGCCCAACUUACCCUAAAUGAGAAUGCUUGACCACUCUGUAUAACAGAGGCUGACAGCCGCAGUGGCCUCAGGCUCAAACCUUUCCUGUUGUCAGCAUCACGCUGACAGUCCAGAAAAAAACAGGGGGGGUUGUGAGAGACCCCUGCAUGGGAGGGUUUGGAGGGCUUUAGCACUUAUCGUCUUCUCAUAAUCAUCAUCAUUACAUUUCAGAUCUGGGGCCCUCCAAAUUGUUUUUCCUCCUCUUCUUAACCUUGCUGUUCCUCCACGGGUUUGGCCAAGAAUCGCUGACACCAAACAGGAUUCAGGCCUCUCCACCUUGUGAGACAAGGCUGGCCAUAACCGCCUUUCAGAGAGGCGCCACUGAUUGAAUGUGAACAGCAAAGCAGUAGAGACAAGAUCAAGAGAUUUGACACAAGGAAGCAAAAUAAAACAAGAUGCCAUUAUUAACUUGGAAUAAAGUGGGAAUUAUGGAUGGGGAAAUGUUGGAUAUGCAAUGUCCCCCCCCCAAUUUAGGUGCCCCAACCUCUUCUCCCACACCAGCCGAGGACCCAAAAUGAUCCCCCACCCCACCUCCUUCUCUCAGUUCCAGUUGGAAAUUUUAAUACUGUGGGGGUCGGAAAAGAUAUCCCACAUUCCAGAGAUUGAGGUUUGGAUCACCUCUUUGUUAAACAACUGAAAGAGGAGUGUAAAAAAUCUGAUGUCCUUUUGUUGAGCUGACUGGGUUUUUGUGUGUAACCGAGGUGGUUAAAUGCUGCUUUUCCUUAAGGGACAAAAAUAAAAUCUGAAAUGAUAUGAAUCCAUAAAGCAAAAUUUAAAAAGAGAGGACUUAAAAAAAAAGACUCCUAAACAGAAUUAUUGGAGUUUUUUUUUCCUUGUUUUCGUAUAUUUCUUUGUAUUUUGAUGCUUUAACUGCUCCGUGUAAAAGAGAGAGGAAAAAGAAAAUGGCUGUAGUCACUUUUUGACCAUGUGUGCAGUGUAACAUUGGAGAAAUUUCACUUCUUUUGCCCACAUCUGUCUUUUGUGUUGAGACGCCAACUGAUGUGUUUUGUCUAGUGUCUCUCCAGUUGUCUGUCCUCUUUUAUCAGAGGAGGAACUUACAACCAACAAAACAGGAGUUGUUUUUUUUUUUUAUACGUAUAUAUACUUCUCUUUUUGUAAUGGAAUACAACAGAAAAUAAUGCAACCUUAAACUGAAAACAGAAAAAAACUGAAACACAAGCCUGUCAUACCUCACGCAACACAAAACUCAUACGAACUUGGGAGGCGUCGUGUUUUGCAGGCACAUGUAAAAUUGCAAAGAUGCAUAUAAACUAAAAAGGAACAGAGAGGGCCUGUGUGUUUGCAUCCGUACACAAGAACAGCUCAAUAAAUUAGAUUAUUAUUGCAAAGUUAAUUGAUUUCAGUAAUUCAAUUCAAAAGAGAAAAUCAUGUAGGACUUCUUGCACACGUUAAUACAUUUCAAAUAUUUAUUUCUGAGUUAAUGUUUAUGAAUAUGGCUCGAAGCUAAAAGACAAAAACACAUCCAGUUUUUCUGGAAAAAAAAUCUCGUGCCAAUAUGUUAUGGUUUACAGAAUCAUGGGGAAAACUACUGACUGGACAGCUGACAGUAUAGUCAUCGACAGGCUCUACAAGCAGGGUAAGCUAUGAAGGAAUGCUGAAUCCAGGCAUCAGCCCAUGACUUUCAUUUUUUAACUACAAAAUAUAAGUUUCAUUUUGUAAGAACAAAAUAAAAGUCAUGGGCUGAGGCUGAAGCAUCUUAUUACUACACUAUUAUUAUUACCAAACUUGGUCAGGGCUCUUUUUGCAUCAAAUGCAAAAAAGAUUUAGCUCAUUAUUGGCAUAUUCACCAAUUCAGAUUUUUCUGUGGAACACAAUUUUUUUGCAGAAAAUCUGCCUAUUCACCUUUUUUCCCACCUUUAUUUGUAUUUUAUUUUUUUACUGAAAAUGCAGCUUAGGAGCACUUGACACUGUUGGCUGGUAUUUGCAAAGCAGCCAAUCCUGAAGUAGUAUUUAUUUUUCUUGCCGCCGUUUGGCUAUACCCUGAAGUACAGAGACAAGGUAGACUUUAGAAAUUGGCUCCUGUGGUAGUGCUCAGAGAAUUUCCACUGUGUGUAUGAUUGCAUAUUAAGGUGUAUUUGGUGUUUGGUGUAAAAUAGUCAAUUUUAGGAAUUUUUACCAAGGGCUAUUAAGUAUUUCAGGAUUUUAUCUGUUUGCGGGUGGUUCUGGACCCUUACUGUUGACAUAACAGCGAGAAAACAAGAUUAGCUUCUCCAAAGUUUUCUAAAUUAUAUUCAAACUUUAUCCCUCCACUGAACCUUCUAUUUAUAAGCAUGGUUGAAACACUCUUAGCAUCCACUUUUUUUAGCUAUAUCUUUUUGUUGCUCUUGCAGAAGCUGUCCGUCACUUUCUGCUGCUCAACUGUCAAGUCUGGAGUUUCCCAAAUAAUUGUGUUGACCAUAAAAUGGCCAUAAAAUAACAUUGUGUUUUAGUGGUGUUAUAUUUUCCUAAGAAACAUAAUUUGGGGUUUUCAUUAAUUAUAAGCGAGAAUCAAUAAACUGUUUCUGCAUGCAAUACAGCUAUAAAAUGAGUUUUACUGAAACAAAAUUACUGAAAAGAAUUAACUUUUCUAUGAUAUUCUACAUUAUUGAGAUGCAUCUGUUGGUUUUUCCUCAAAGUUUGGGGCCCUCUUAUUGAUUUGGAUCUCAGAUGAACCCAAGGACAUGCUUUGCUAGAAUCACUCAGCACAUCUCUGACUGUGUUGUAGAUCAUGACUUUAAAAAAUGUGAACGGCCCAGAGACUGAGGGAUGUUUGCUUCUAUAAUGGCUGAUUGUUUUAUGGAACUGAAUGUAGCUGAAAGAGGGGGGCACUGGACCUUAACCUGGCACCCACAACCCAGCUUCCACUCACCAGCAGAGAGGAUAGUGGUGUCACACAGACAUUAGGGGGGGGGGGAACAAACUGAAAGGAUAUAUUGCCCGUUUGCAAGGUGCAAUACUAUGUACUUUUGUAUGUUUUCGGUUUGGAUUUACUUUUUGUUUACUUUUUACUUUUUCAGCAGUGGGGAGGGGGAACAUGAUCAAUGAUGUAAAUACAAAACCAUACAAAAACACUCAAGAUUCAUUAUAAAAGUCAACUUUACCGCUCCAUCCCAUUGUCAUGUAAUGUAAGUGAAGACAACAAAAGAAGCGAAGAAAUGUGUAAUGUUUGUUACAAUUUUUUAUGUGUGCACGCUCUCACAUGUGCAUGCAGGUCCAUAAUCAAAAGUGCCCCUUGACAUUAAUCAUAACCCCCUGUGCCUCGUCUUGUUUGCAAAGAGAUAAAAGCCUACGCCCUCUGUAGUCUCAUGACGACAUGAAGUGCUACACGUGUGGCUGUGGGUUUUUUGUGUGUGCGUGCUCAGAUAUUGUCCUUUAAAACUGAUGAUGCGAGUGGGGAGAGCAGCUCAGUUAGCUGCAGGAAAGGAAAGAGGUACACUUGGACUCUUUGUCUGGCAUGUAUCUCAGCUAACCCAGCUGCUGAGCUCUCACAUUGUUGUCAUCAAAGUGUAAAAUGGAUCUGACCAUUUGUCCAAAGCGUCGUUGAGUUCCAAAAGCUAGCUUGGAAAUGUUGCAACAUUAGCUUAUACCUGCCCCAGUAGCACCAAUAUUUUAAAAUUCUAUUGGUUUAUGUACGUGUGGUUCUGGGAAAAAAAAAAAAAAUCCCCAAAAUUGAAUGUCCAUUCUGCCCUUGAUACAUGAAAUGACAUGUAAACGGGGUGUUAGAUGAUGAUAGUGGUUUGAACUUUCCAUUGUUUCAUUCAAGGGUAAAAUUUUUGCUCUGUUUUAACUACAAAUGCACCAAUCAGGCUUUUCCUGGCCGCUACUGAUAUCCUGUUCCCAGAUCUGUUUAUUUGCAUUGCACUAGUUCACAACAAAUUUCAUAUCAAGGAAAUUUGAAAACAAUAAGACCCAAUUUAUAUCUAGAAAUAUAAUCAGUUCAAUAUAAUCCGAUCAGAUGAACAGAUUGCAAUUCAAUUCAAUUGCAAUUCCAGUUCAAUCCUAUUUAUAACACAAUACACUCAAGUUUGUAAUGGAAAUUGCUAAGAUAUUCUUUAAGGACCCACAGUUCUCUUCUAUGUGACACAAAAGCAAUUAUAAAAGUUAUGUUACAGAUACUGACUGCUGUCAGUAUCCUUACUGUCGAUGGGUUAAGUAAAUAGGUCACGGGAAACCUGGCAGUUUGAUUGGUGCUUUUUCCAUCCACAAACCAAUUGGUCUGUGGAUGGAAGUGAGCUUUUGUUAGACUGACUUUGAGUAACUUUAAAUCCAGCCCCAACUAAUUUUGAUCUAUUCUCAUAUGUUGAUGCUUUGGACAAAGGUGAAGAUCGUCUGUAACGUCGUUUGUUUUUUUUUUUCUUAUUGGUUGUGUUUGGUUCCCUGCCCCUCCCCCUAUGCCAAAUAUAGAGUUUGUUGAGACAUGCAAACAGCAAGAUGUCUAUGCAAUCUCCCCUCCUAAAUCUUUUUUCCCAAAAAAGAAAGACAAGCUCACUGUAACAACGAGCUGGUCUGACUAAUUAAAAUCAAAUUUGGCCUGGCUUGAAUUCCAGAGGCUCUUUGCAUGACCCAAAGACCCUUGCUGCUUUUGUGUGGGCGCAUAUCCCGACUGCUCAGCGGAGCUGGCCUUCCCGCCCAGCCUUUGUGGCCGGUCCAAAGGCGCAGGAGCUCUUUCUAGCAGUCUGUAUCCCACAGAAGUAGGCGGGGUUCAUUGGAAUGAUGUGGAAAACAAGGAUUCAACAAGAUGUGCUGUUUUCUGUGAAUUGCUCAGAGUGUGAUGCGUGAGUCUGCGUGUGCGCGUGCAUGCUUGGAUUCUGCUCAUGCUUCCUUAAUGGGAUUGGUGCAUCAAAAAACUUAGAUUUUAAAAUUAGGGCCAGCAGCUAAAUUUAAUCCCGUUUGCUGCCUUUAUAUGCCAUUACUUAGUCAAUGUAAUGCUAGUUCUUAGAUUUGUGCUUUAGCUUAUGUUUACUAAAACCUUAAUGCUUUUGAUCCUGAAUCAGUUUCACUUACGUAGAUAUAAAGAAUGUUCACGUUUUUGAGAUGGAAGAUUUAAAACCAACCUGAUUUAGCUUUAAAUUAGCACUUAACUUAAAGAGCACUUUGAAUGGCCCAAACACGAUAAAAAGGGAAAAGUCUUAGUGUUAAUUCUCAAAAUGUACAUAUUUAUAAAUAGGUUAUGUAUAUUUAAAAGAAAUUUAACCCCAAAAAGAAGGAAAAAUAAUAUUAAAAGAAUUAUUUAAAGUUUACUAUAAUUUAUAAUGACGUGCAAUAACUCAUUGAGUUUCACAUCUAAUCAGAAAGUUCUUCACACAUUUGUGGGGAUUAAUGCACCUUUCCAUGAGAGCACCAGCAAGACCCAAUCAGCAUGCACGCACACACAAACACAAAUGACUUUUUGUUUCUGGGUAAAGAAAGUUAUUGAAGGAUUCUCUCAGGUAAAAAAAAAAAAAAAGAACCUUUUCUAAUAAAUGAUGGCGAACAUUA